AUGGUGACUCCGCUCAUCAAGCACAAGAUCGUCAAGAAGCGCAAGGCGACGUUCAAGAAGUAUCAGUCGGACCGAUACAAGCGCAUCGCUAACACGUCAUGGAGACGCCCGAAGGGUAUUGACUCCCGCGAACGCCGCAAGUUCAAGGGCUUGCCGCCGAUGCCGAACAUCGGUUACGGUACGGCGAAGAAGACGCGACACCUGUUGCCGAACGGCUUCUUGAAGUUCACUGUCCACAACGUGAAGGACCUUGACCUCCUCCUCAUGCACAACCGCAAGUACUGCGCCGAGAUCGCGCACAACGUGUCCACGCUUCACCGCAAGGCCAUCGUUGAGCGAGCGAAGCAGCUCAACGUGAAGGUGUCCAACGCCGCGGCUCGUCUCCGCAGCGAAGAAGACGAAUAA